AUGACAUCUGGAAUUGACUCGGAGCACCAAACGCUUCAUACAGAAAGAGCCUCUCUCCCAGGGGACAAAGAGCACUCUGAGACAUCGGAAGGAUCCAAAGUCGCCAAUGAUCAGGACCCUCCCUCACCCCCACACGAGUUUCCCGAAGGUGGUCUGGAAGCAUGGGCCACUGCUUUUGGAGCGUUUCUUGUACAGUUUUGCGGUUUUGGUUAUUCCGCUUCAUUUGGUGUCUUUCAAGACUUCUAUACCCAACAUUACCUCACAAAUGAGACGUCGUCUGCUUUGUCAUGGAUCGGGAGCUUGAGUGUGUUCUUAACGACUGCCAUGGGCCUCGUUUCGGGUUCACUACACGACCGAGGAUAUUUUUACCAUCUCGUGAUUACCGGAUCGGUUCUGCAGAGUCUUUCUCUAUUCAUGUUGUCUUUGUCAAAACCCGAUCAGUACUACCAGAUAUUCCUCUCGCAAGGCUUAGGCUUGGGUAUCGCGUCGGGGCUCAAUUAUAUCCCUAGCAUGGCCAUCAUCUCGCAUCAUUUCCGACGGAGACGCACGCUGGUUAUGACAUUCGUCGCUUCGGGCUCAUCGCUGGGUGCUGUCAUUCAUCCGAUCAUGCUCAAUAACCUCCUGCAUGGUCCUGUUGGAUUCACCAAUGGUGUCCGUGCAAGCGCAGGGUUGGUCAGCGCAUUUCUCUUAAUUGCAUGUCUGUGCAUGCGAACUCGCCUUGAUCCGCCGGCGAAACCGGUGAACUAUAUUGUGGCGGCUAGAAAAUGUAUUCGUGACGUACCGUUUAUUCUCAUGAUAGCAGGGGGCUUUCUUUUCCAGAUUGGCUUCUACUACCCGUUGUUCUUCUUUCAACUCGACUCUAUCAAGCACGGUAUCGGCACUACCUUUUCGUUUUACUCUCUGGUGAUUUUAAAUGUGUCUAAUUGUGUCGGGCGAGUCACAUCGGGGUUCAUUGUGAGAUUCACGGGGGUCCCGAACUUAAUCAUAAUUUCGUCAAUAUCGUGUGGUGUGCUCAUUUUGGGCAUGAUUGGGUUGAAUAGCCUGGCCAGCGUCGUUGUGCUUGGCAUGCUUUAUGGCUAUUUUGCAGGGCUGAACACUGGGAUGGCGGCUCCACUUAUGGCUACUUUAACGCCCGACCUCUCUGAGCUUGGCGCGCGAAUGGGCAUAUGUCUCUUCAUUGUCGGAUUUGGAAUUUUGAUUGGAACACCCAUAUCCGGCGCUCUGUUGACAUCUCACUAUACCUGGUGGAUACCGGCUCUGUUCUCUGGGAUCGCUUCACUGACUGGUGGCAUGAUGUUUAUCACCAUGCGAUACAUGUUUCUCAGAAGGCAGCGUGUUGGCACAUUACUGUUGGACAACCAGGCUGUAAGCUGA